AUGCGCCGGAUCCGCCCGUCCUGGGCGCGGAUCCUGGCGCGGGCGCGCUGGGUGACGCCGCCGCCGCCGAUUCUGCCGCCCAGGGCGUGGAUCUGCCUGCCCCGGCCGCCGGGGGCGCCGGCACGGGAGCUUCCGACGACGACGACGCCGCCGCCGCCGCCGCCUUGCAACUGCCCCGACUGUCGCCGGACGCCGAUCCAGCCGCCCUGCAGCCCCUGCUGCAAGCGCCGGCCGUCGAUCCCGCCGCCGCCACUGCGGCCCACCGCGCCGCGGUCACUGUGGGCAAACAGCCCGCCGCCGACGCCGCCCUUCCUGAGGUCUUCCCCGCGCCGGCCGUGCUCACGCCCGCGUGGUCUGGACUCGGGAUGCCUCCCGCGGAUACACCGUUCGCCGUGGCCGCCCUCCGUGGCCAACAGGCCGACGCUGCUCUCGCCGCGGACCUCCUCGCCGCCAAGGCAUGAGCAGCACCUAUGA